AUGGAUGGGAAGAGUGAAGGACAAACGGGCUGCUCUUUGAAUCCUCUUGCACCAAUAAAAGUUAUGGCUAAGCGUCCUGGAAAGUACUUUCUUGGCCUCAAAAAUUACAAUGCCACAACUAACACGUUUCACAAAAGGGAGAAAAGAUCUUGUUUUGGAGGAAGGCGACGCAAGCGCUCCUGCAUCGAAGUCAAAGAUCCACCAGCCACCCCACCCCAGAGUAAAAAUGUCUCUGUGAUACCAGUUUAUGAUUCCACAACAGAUAAGAACUAUACUCUAAAGGUUUCCUCAGGAAGUUGUGUAUACUGGUCUGAGAAACUUGAGAUGUGGAUAGCUUCUGGUUGUCAGUCUACGUCACAAAGGAAUCCCGUGAGAUUGCGCGAGCAAGCCAGGUCAGUGUGCAGUAAGCUUUCGGUUAUGGCGAACGCAGACGUGAAUGAGAUGAAUGAGAAAGACGGCAAAUCUCUCUCUAGAGGAGAAGAAGACGAAAAUGCAUUGUUAGCCGACGACGGAAAUGAUCAUGACACCACCGGUGCUCAUGUUAUCGCUCCCAAUAAACUAUGGGAAGCUAUUCAAGGACUGCAAAAGAAAGUUGAUCUUUUGCCGGGAACGUCAACAUGCAUCACCGAUGCUUCAUUAAAGCGGAAAGUACCACAAACGUCCAAGGAAGAGUCAAAAAUUGACUCAAACUCCCAACCGGGACCCUCAAAAAAGAAAGCUAGAAAAGCUUUGUCUGAUUCCGAUGACGCAUCGGACGACUCAAACAGCGACGAAGUGGCAAACAAUAGAAUAUAUUGGAGCUGGUUACAGAAUAUUUUCCUUCCCGGAGUGUUUUCCGGCAGAUGGUACAACGGUCAAGAGGAGAAGCAAACAAUGUACAUUGGUAAUAAACACUCUCUUCUUGUAGGAAUGGCUCGAGUAAGGCAACUCAGAGUGAAAUCGAGCCAAUGUCAAGUGGUAAGAUACAUGGAUGGAUUAUUCCAAGAAUGCUUCGAAGGAUACUCAGCAAAGAACGAAGACAAGACCGCGUACAAUAAACCAGGCUGGAGGCCUGUGAACAAUGUUACGAGAACUGUCGAAUUACUACAGCUUUGCCCAAAGCCCUGGCGUUAUCAAAAUGCUGAGGAAACAGAGAGUGUACCCAAAUGGGGACAGUUGUCAUUUUACCACGGUGGAGGGUUUGUUGCAGACCUCGGGUACGGGAACCAUACUGGAUUCAGCAUUAUAGCAAAUUUGCAAAACAACGGCUGGCUUGACAGGCAAACAAGAGUUGUCCUCGCCGAGUUUUCUACUUUUAAUCCAACAGUAAAUAUUUUAGGCAUUGCCACAUACUUAUACGAAAUUGAUGCAUCUAGUAUGAAAGUAGCCUCCGUGCAAACUGAUAUUCUUUCCCUUUAUGAUACGGACACAGCCUCGCACCAGUUUUAUUUGAUUUGCAUGUUUUUAUUUACUGUAUUUGUUUUUCUGUAUUCCGGAAGAGAAAGCUUUAGGCUUUUUAAACAUCGCUCUCGAUACUUCAAGUCCUUGUGGAAUUGGGUCGAGAUAUUCCAAAUUGUCUUCUCUCUGUUGGCCGUGGUGAUGUACAUAACACGACAAGGUAAAGUAAAUUCGACGAUGAGGAAACUGAAAGAAAACAUUUAUGCAAAUGUAAGUUUUCAAGAGGCUAUCACUUUUCAUGAAAUAGAAAAUUCCGUUGUUGGAAUCCUAAUGUUUAUAGUCACCACAAAACUCUUGCGGAUUAUUCGCUUAAACAAUUAUGUUGCUAUUUUUUUAAAAACAUUGAAGAAAUCUUUGCGAUCUCUUUCUUCCUUUAGCGUUGUUUUAUUGACUUCAUUUAUGGCAUUUUUGCACUUCGGCGUCUUGAUGUUUGGCUCUGUAUCUGAGCGUUACUCUUCGGUGUUAAAAGGAGCUUACUUCCAAAUCGAGCUCACUCUUGGACGAGUAAAAGCCAGACCAAUUAAUGAACUAGCUGAGGCAAAUAACAUAUACGCCAAAAUAUUCGCUUUCCUAAUACUUUUCACUCUUACAAUCCUCUGCAUGAACUUUUUUAUCGGCAUGAUAAAUGAUGCUCUUUUAGAGGCAAAGAGCAACGGGAACGAAAGUGAGCUGUAUGAACUUAGUGAUGAAGAUAUAUGCUCGAGCUCAAAAGAAAGGAGAGAGUUUUUCGAUGCAAUCUGUAAAACACUUAAACAGUGUAGAGCAUCGCAAACUUGGGCAAAAGAGGAGAAAAAAGAAUUAGGAAACGUUGGCACUCAUUUCAUGAAGAGUCCAAAACUCAACUUUGAUUUGAUAAGUCAGGCUAUAGUAGCUUUGAGGGAGAAGAUAACCAGAGAAAAAAUAAAUGAACAUCGAUACAGCCCAAGGAGACAAUCACCCUUUGACAAGAUAAGCAGUACGUUAAAAUCCGCGAAAUAUGAAAGCAUUAACGAAUGCGGCAAAGGUAAAGCAAAAAAGAAAGUAAGAUUCCAAGAGGAUGUUGUUAAGUCUUCCUUUGGAAAACUACGUAGAAGAAAACAUGACCUGUUUCAACGGCUGGAGAGAAUUGUAUCCGGGUUCUCACAAGAGGACGAAGAAUUUCAUGUUUUAUUAAAAACAGCAGUGGCUCAGAAUUACUGGGUUGAGAGAGAAUACUAGGAGGUGACAAAAGGAUAAAAAAAACAUUUUAUUCCAAAUUAACUUGAAAGACAGAUACUAUGUACUGUCAGUAUAUAGAGGCUCGCACCAUAGUCCCCUCUACUAACUAUGCUCGCACACACAAAGAUGUUGCUGGAAUUUGCCUAUCGUAAUAGCUAAUGAAAGAUUGUGCCAGGUACCAAAACAAAAACAAACAAAGAAAACAAAACAAAAUAAUCUUGGUUUUUUAAGCUUAUAUCAGAGGAAGUAUUUGUAUUCACCUCUUCUAUGAGUAACGUAUUGAUUGUUCAA